UGUGACAAAACGAUUCAUACAAACACAUUUGAAAUAAUAAAAAAAAAACGUGAUUGAGUUUUGCGUUUGCUUUCUUAGUUGCGAUACUACGGAAUCACAAACUAAAACUAAAAAAAAGGGGGGGGGAUUACAUACACGAGUGAAACAUUAGCCCAAAAACAAAAUGUAAGCGAAAAACAAAGAAAUCAAACGCAGAAGUCGUCGGUUAGCGAUUUAAAUGUUGUGUGUGAAUCUUUUUGGCACAAAUGAAAUUCCAUAGGCAACAAGACUUAUAAAUACGAGUGUCGAGGUUUAAUUGGGCGUAGGGUCUCUUUAAGAAGCCUGGGCGCCUGCAGACGUGCACUCACCGCCCAUCACAUGAUUCUUCUCUUGUGGCAAUCUACAAGCUUGUUUUUACGUGGCAGACCGAGACAACUUUGGCUGAAAUGGUGGACAACAAACCCAUUCUUCAGGACAGACCGCCCGCCUACAACACCGUCCCCGGGGCUUACGGGCAUGGCCCCUCGCAGCAGCAGCAGCAACAACACGACUACGGUGCCAUCCCCGCCGCAGCUCCGCCGCCCUAUCACUACUCAGACAGCGGCCAUGGCUACCCCCCACCCCAGAUGGGAACAGCUGUGUCCAAUCAACCCUACUCUGGAACCUACACAGUCAUUCAACCCUCCGUUGUGGUGGUAGGAGGCUGCCCGGCCUGCAGAGUUGGUGUUCUGGAGGAUGACUUCACCUGCCUGGGAAUUCUGUGCGCUAUCUUCUUCUUCCCACUUGGGAUCCUUUUCUGCUUCGCCCUGCGGCAGAGGAGAUGUCCCAACUGUGGUGCCACAUUUGGAUAGACGAAGCAAACAAAAGUGUACAAUACACAUACAGGCUGCACAAAAAGAUUGGGAUAUUGGGCUUUCAGGUGGAAUUUCAGGAUGAACCUAAAUUGCACUCUAACUUUAACCUUAAAGGAGAAUUCCACAAUUUUAUGGUUUGGAAACAUUUGACUUUUUCAACUUCUUAAAAAAUUUCCUGGUCUGAUACAACGAGCUGAACUGCAAAAUUUGCAUCAGAUCUUUGAUCCAUGAAAAUUUCCAAUCACUUGAAUGUCUUUAUAUGACUCUUUCUGUCUCUCUUGCAACCUGCUGAUAACACACUGUGACACGACGCUUAUUAGCCACUUCCUCUGAGAACAUCCUAUUUGAAACACUUUUGAUGUUACUGUUGCUGACAACUUUUUUCCACCUCUGAUAAAUUAUUUGGCAACAUGAGACCAAAAGGUUUCGGUGAUUGAAUUUUGCAACAAUUAUUCAAUGUGAAGUAAAGCAAAAAUGUCAACACUUGGAUAUGUAAAUCUUUUCUGUAAUCUGAGUUUCUUGAAAGACUGUUCUGAUCCAUGUUCUUCCCAGAAAAUGAGCGAAUGCUAUGGACUCUAAAUAAUAAUGAUAAUGAAAAAAAAAAUCUUUGUAUUCAUUUUCUUAAAAAUUUGAAACUGGUCCCACUGGCAAAAAUGCCAAGAUUUUAAAAGCAUAUGCUAAGUGAACUAAGAAAAGUAUUGUUUCUCGUGUAUUUGUCCAUUCCUGGAUUACUUAGUGUUCAUGGAAUAUUUUCCCCAUUAAGCUUUUUGGUGGUCUUUGAUGGAUAACACCAAAAAGUACUGAAACAGUUGGAUGUGUGUUCAAAACUUCAAAGAAGGUCAAAUUAAGUUCACCUGUUAAGGUUCAUCUUGAAAUUUCAAACCAAAGUCCUGUAUCCUGAACCUUUUGUGAGUAAUGUAUACAACAACAAUCCAUUAUUUUUAUGCCUUCAUUCUUAUCACAUACUGCUGUCGCUUACAUGAAACCUACUAAAAUGUAGAUUCUGAUUAUAUUUUAGAGGCAGAAUUUUUUUCAUCAAUUAUGAACUGAAGCGAUACUUUGUUAAUUUGAAUAGAUGUGGCUGAUUGCUGCUGACCAAUCCCAUUUUUGAUGGACAACCAAGAGGUGAAGGAUGUAUAUAAAAUGGAAGGCUUCCUGCAGUGUAUUUUGUUGUGUAUUCAUCUCUGGAGGCCAUAUUUGCACUGAUUGUUUAUGAUUAUGGGCGCUUCUCUGCCCCCUUUCAGCGUCUUCUCCGCCAUAAACACCGACCUCAGGUACUUUCUCACCUAUCACUGUCAGAAGAGUGGACUCGUUUCAUGUUGAAAAUGCAGAAAUGAUUCAAAGUGUCUAGCGUUGUCUUAGUGGCCUACUCUUCUUCAGAACAAUCAAAAAUGUCGUCUUCCAGCAAAAUUGUCAUCAAAAAGAAGGUGGCAGACAACUUUUUUGCUUUUGUAAACAAAAACUACGCAUGUAUGUUUGUAUGAUUAAGCUUUUUAUAUACUGUACACUAGUUUAUUAUAUAAAAAUGUUCCCCACGUU